AUGGCAGAAACAAUUUUAAAUGGUGACAUUCUAUAUUUGAAAAAUUUGAUAGGACGAACAGUUUCAGUGGAAACUGUGGACAAUCAAACGCACAUCGGCACUGUUUAUGUAGUGGAUCCAGUUUACAAAACAGUAGUUUUGAUAAAUACGACCACAAAUCGUCUUGAACUGAUCCUGUCUCAUGCAAUGAAGUCAUUCAAUGUAUUUCCGGACACAAGAAACGAAGAUUUUCUUCGCGACAAUGUAAAUAACGUUAAUCCGGAAGAUUUUGUACAGAAAAAAUUGAAACUUACAAAGUGGUUGAAGCAUAUGUUUUUGGAUGUAAAGGAAGAUGGGGACACACUGCGAGUAGAAGAUCACUUGAUUAUUGGACCUCCGUAUGGGAAGAGUGAAUGCAUGUGUGAUAAUACAAUAGUUUUGGAGAGGAUACGCAACAUAAUAGAUUUAAUGCCAGCAGACUUUAAGUAA